CCUGUGCAUCGCCGGACGGAACCAAACGCCAAACGCUGCUGCGCUCUCUCCUUCUCGUCCUGACCCCCCAGAGCGAGAGGGAGGGGCACCCAGAGGAGCCUGUCGUUUUGAUCGGUGUCUCUGCCCCCGUUCCCGCGAGGAGAGAACAACCUGGAGAAAAUGGCGCCGAUCUCCGGAGCCACGGCAGUCCUUGUGAUGGCCGUCGUCGCCACGCUCGCCGCCGCGGCUAACGCCCUGGCCCCCGCCCCAGCACCUGCUACCAGUGACGGAACAAGUGUAGACCAGGGAAUCGCCUACGUCCUCAUGCUGGUGGCGCUUGUCCUCACCUACCUCAUCCACCCAUUGGACGCCUCCUCCGCCUACAAGCAGCUCUUUUAAAACCAUCCGCUUUGUAAUUUGGCGCCAAUUGAGGGUGUCAUUAACGGUGUUCGAUUAUUAAUCGAUCCAGUUUGGCCCCACAACUAGAAAAGGAAAAAAAUGCACACAUCUUAUCCUUGCUACUUCUAGGAUCUUUUCAUAUGUCUUAAUUUCAAUCGAGGGCGAGGCCAGAAGAAGCCAAAUUAUUGCAAAUACUCGUUAAGCCUUGUUUAGUUAUUUUCAUUUCAUUUGGAUUAAAUGGGAUUGAAAGAAGUUAGCAGGAAUUUUGACUUGCUAUAGAUUUAAAGCUACCUAAUCUUGUUCAAUCCACAUGGAUUGAGAUUAAAUCGAAAAGGCCUUUAGGGGACCAUUUUUUUUAGUUC